GGUCUUUUCAUUCGCGUCCAUCUUAAAUCGACUGUGGAUUCACAAUAACGCCCCUGAAAAAAAUACAUUUUUUCUUUGAGAGCCUUAUUUUUCACUCCGUUCUCUGUCACACCGCAGAAGUUCUAUUCGACGUACGUCUCUCUUACUCCAUCAUAGCUUCUUUCUCUUUACCCUCAUUCCACCCCCCCCCCCAAAUUUCAAGUUUUUGCCUUUUUCUUCUCUUUCCUCUCCGUGCGAAAACUUCAUUUGACAUUUAGUCACCUCUUCGGUGAGCAGAAGAAGAAGAAAAAAAAAUCCUCGUUACUACCAAAAAGAAAGAAAGAAAAAAGCAACAGCAAUGUCGAACGACCUCGGCAUCAUUGGCCUCGGCGUGAUGGGCGCCAACCUUGCCCUGAACAUCGCCGAGAAGGGAUUCAAGGUCGCCGUUUUCAACCGAACGUACGCCAAGACGGUAGAGUUUCUUAAGGAGAACGAGAAGCAGCGUUUUGCGUGCAACCUGAAGGGGUACGAGACGAUGAAGGCAUUCUCCGACUCGCUCAAGAAGCCGCGCAAGGCGUUCAUCCUGGUCAUGGCUGGCGCCCCCACCGACGCCACGAUUGAGCAGCUCAAGGGGGUGUUUGAGAAGGACGACAUCAUCAUCGACACGGGUAAUGCGAACUUCAAGGAUCAGGAUAAGCGCGCUACCCACCUCGAGAGCCUGGGCCUGCGCUUCCUCGGCAUGGGUAUUUCUGGUGGUGAGGAGGGCGCCCGCAAGGGUCCGGCGUUCUUCCCGGGUGGCACGCCGAGCGUGUGGGAGGAGGUGCGCCCGAUCGUGGAGGCCGCCGCUGCCAAGGCCGAGGACGGCCGCCCGUGCGUGACCUUCAACGGCAAGGGCGGCGCCGGCUCGUGCGUGAAGAUGUACCACAACGCCGGCGAGUACGCGAUCCUGCAGAUCUGGGGCGAGGCCUUCAACGCCCUCUUGGCGCUCGGCUUCAACAACGACCAGAUCGCGGACGUCUUUCAGUCGUGGAAGGACCAGGGUUUCCUCAAGUCGUACAUGCUCGACAUCUCCAUCGCCGCCUGCCGCGCGAAGGAGCCGGCCGGCAACUACCUGUCGGAGAAGGUGAAGGACCGCAUCGGCUCCAAAGGCACUGGCCUGUGGUCGGCGCAGGAGGCGCUUGAGGUGGGCGUGCCGGCGCCGUCGCUGAACAUGGCUGUCAUCUCGCGUGAGAUGACGAUGUACAAGGACGAGCGCAUUGCCAAUGCGAAGGCAUUCCCUCACUUCCCGAAGGGCCACGCUCUCGCCGUCAAGGACAAGAGCCCACACGCGCCGGAGGUGAAGCAGCUCUUCCACGCCGUGGUCCUCUCCAUCAUCGCGAGCUACGCACAGAUGUUCCAGUGCUUGCGUGAGUUGGACAAGGUCUACGGCUUUGGUCUCAACCUGCCUGCCACCAUCGCGACCUUCCGCGCCGGCUGCAUUCUGCAGGGCUACCUGCUGAUGCCCAUGACAAAGGCCUUCGAGAAGGACCCGCACCUCCCGAACCUGAUGGACGCCUUCACGAAGGAGCUGGGCGAGGGUCUACAGGACUACCGCAGCAUCAUUGCCCUGAUGACGACGCACACCGCCGUCUCCCUGCCGGUGAUGCUGGCGUCGUUGGCGUACAUCAAUGCGAUGUACCAGCCGGUGCUGCCGUACGGCCAGCUGGUCUCGCUGCAGCGUGACGUCUUCGGCCGCCACGGCUACGAGCGUGUGGACAAGGAGGGCCGCGAGUCGUUCAACUGGCCGGAGAUGCAGUAA